AACAGAUUGUUUUGUAACAAUGCUUCCGGUUGAGGCACACACGUGAUUAUCCGCCAUGACAGUUGUCCUUGAAUGAAGUGCAUGGAGAGCCAUCCUUGGUACAAUGUCUGUGUCCAAGACGACUGGUGGAAAGUCUUUGGAUAUUUUGAAGAAUCUUCCUCGAAUUACACUUGCAAAUUUGCGUCCAAACCCCGGUGCCAAAAAAGAAGAGAGGAGGCGAGGUAGAGGUGCCCAUGGUGGUGACAAAAGUGGUCGAGGUCACACGGGAGAGAGACAGCGGGGGAAUCGCCCACGUCUUGGCUUUGAGGGAGGACAGACUCCCUUUUACUUGGCCAUUCCAAAAUACUCUUACAAUGAAGGACACAGUCAGCGUCCCCAGUACCCUCCACUGACGCUGCGCAGACUGCAGUAUCUAAUUGAUCUGGGUCGAGUGGAUACCUCCCAGCCCAUUGAUCUGACACAGUUGGUCAACUGCAGAGGAGUUACCAUCCAGCCACUGAAGAGACACUAUGGCAUCAAUCUUGUCGAGGAGGGGGCUGACCAGUUCUGUACCAAAGUAAAUAUUGAGGUCCAGAUUGCAUCUGAAGGAGCUAUAUCUGCCAUCGAGAGGAAUGGUGGCGUCAUCACAACAAGCUACUAUGACCCUAGGAGCCUGUCCGUCCUCAUAAAGCCUGUGCCAUUCUUCAUGACCGGCCAGCCCAUCCCCAGACGCAUGCUACCAGGAGAGGACCAGUUGAAGUACUACAUGGACCCCAGUAACCGUGGUUACCUGGCUGACCCUGAGCAGGUCCAGGAGGCUCGCGUGGCCCUGGCGCAGAAAUACGGUUACGUUCUUCCGGACAUUUCCAAAGAUGAAUUGUAUAACAUGUUGGCCAUGAGAAAAGGGCCGCGGCAGAUUUUCUUUGGCCUGUCACCUGGGUGGCUGGUCAACAUGGCAGAGAAGAAAAUCCUUAAACCAAGAGAUGAAAAGUUGCUACAAUAUUACAAUGCUCAGUAGUGCCUCUACACUAAUACUCAUGCCGUUUGAUCAUGUAAAUACAUGUUGUUGUUGUUGUUAUUGACUAAAAAAAAUAUCAGAAUAUA